GAGGGGGCGGGGCUUCCAGGGCUGGUGCCUGGGGGAUGCUGAUGGGGGCGGGGGGCGCUUGUUGGCAUGCGAGCAGGGCACCGCGGAGCAGGCGAGGUGGGGUCCCGCAUCCCAGCGCCCACAACCUGCUCUGCGCAGAUCUACGCCGACCCCUCCAAGAGACUGGAGCUCUACUUCCGCCCCCGGGACCCCUACUGCCACCCGGCCUGCGCCAACCGCUUCCCCACCUCCACCAUGCUGCUCAAGGUGACCAGGAGGAGGAGGCUGCCGCGGGCGCCGGAGGCCGGGGAAGCGCCGGAGCCACCGGAAGCCACGUUUGAGAUGCAGAUCCUGGGGGUCGUCACCACCGUGUACAAGUUCCAAGGGAUGUCCGACUUCCAGUACCUGGCAAUGCACUCGGGGCCGGACGGCAAGCAGACCUCUAUGUACGACAAGGUGCUGAUGCUCAAGCCCGAGAAGGAGGAGUUCUACAACAGGGAGCUGCCCCUCUACGUUCCCCCACCCAUCUUCUCUCGUCUGGACACCCCCGUAGACUACUUCUACCGCCCAGAUGUACACCAUCGGGAAGGAUACAGCAAUCCCCAGGUGUCCGCUGAGAACUUGAUUGGCCUCAGCAGAGCCCGUCGACCGCACAACGCCAUCUUUGUGAACUUUGACGAUGAAGAGAUCCCGGAUAAGCCGCUGGAGGCAGCCGUGCAGAACUGGAAGAAAGUGUGCACCAAUCCUGUGGAUAAGAAGGUGGAAGAAGACUUGAGAAAGCUGUUUGAGGUUCGUCCCGUCUGGUCCCGGAACGCUGUCAAGGCCAAUAUCAGCAUCCACCCAGACAAGCUUAAGCUUCUGCUGCCAUAUCUGGCUUAUUAUAUGUUGACAGGGCCCUGGAGAAGCCUGUGGGUUCGGUUUGGGUAUGACCCCAGAAAACAUUCUGAAGCAAAGAUUUACCAAGUCCUGGACUUCAGAAUACGCUGUGGAAUGAAAUAUGGUUAUGCUCCUAACGACAUGCCAGUGAAAGCAAAACGCAGCACAUACAAUUACAGCCUGCCCAUCACUAUCAAGAAGCCAGUAAGUCACACAGUUAGCAUACAGGACCUAAAACAGGGCCUGGGCUCUUCAGGUACAUCCAGUGCGAAAAAAACUUCCAGCAGGUACAAACUCAAGGAUUCCAUGUAUAUCUUCCAAGAAGGGGCCCUGCCUCCAUAUCGACAGAUGUUCUAUCAGCUCUGUGACCUGAAUGUAGAAAGCUUACAGAAAAUCAUUCAUCGAAAUGAUGGCAUGGAAGUGGAGUGCAGCGAACGGGAUGGGUGGUGCCUUCCGAAGACUAGUGAUGAUCUGAGAGAUACCAUGUCUCUGAUGAUCAAGCAGACCAUCAGAUCCACGAGACCUGCUCUGUUUUCAAGUACAUCAACCACUGAAGAUGGCAAAGAGCAGCUGACAUAUGAGUCUGGUGAGGAUGAGGAUGAUGAGGAAGAGGAAGACUUCAAGCCAUCUGAUGGGAGUGAAAACGAAAUGGAAACUGAGAUUCUGGACUAUGUGUGAUUCUGUGAGCAAACAAGACAAGGUUGCACAGAACCCAUUUUGGGCAUAGAAAUUUUGUUUCUUGAACCCUGGGGGAUUUGGAGAGGUGGAGCUCACUCCAAGAUGCCAGUUGCAUGCGGCACUGGCAGCAGUGCUUGCCCUUGCAUCAGCGGCCAGUGUACUGGGGGCACAGGCACUCCCAAUGGCAUUUUUAUAGCGCUGGGGAGACCAGGAGCCAUAGAAAUGACUUUGUAAGGAAGCUUCCCCACCUUGCUACUCCCACUUGCUUGGUCAGGGGGCUCUGACUGGCAUUUCUUGUGGAAUCAGCUGGGCCUUACCUGCCCUGGAGAAUUUCUGGUGGCAGUUAUGUAGCUAGUUGUGCAUCUUUAUUGCAUUUUCCUUACCUCCUUGAACAAGCAAACUGCCAUAUCUGAUCUCAUGGGAUCUGUGUUUCCCUUUGUGACUAUAGUGCUAUUUCUGGGAUGCCCCUGGGGGGUGACGUCAGUGCACCGUCUUUUCUUCCCAGGAGCUGAGAGCACCUUUGUCCUUGCCAGCCCUAUUGCAUAAGUCUUCAGCAAGCCUUGAGCCCAGGCCUAGUGGGACUGCGCCUGGCCUCAUGCACCAAAGGAUUAACAUUUAAUUAUACCCUUGGAGGCCACAGAACUUGUAAACCUGCCGUCAGGGUCACUGGAAAAAAUGUAUUGAGAACAGGACAAACAAGGCUAGUAUUAUUAAUCAAGAGGCUGCGGAGCAUAUCACUUGGCUUGGCAUGAAUCAUGUGCAUUUUAAUGGGGCCUGUAGGUACCAGUCCAUGAUUGCAUAUGUACGUGAGAAGCACGUGGUAACUUCUCUCCAUUAAGCCAACUGCCAAGAAAUACAGUCCUUGCCUGCUUUCCUAAUUAAACUUGAUUUUUUUCUCAAUAAUAACUUAUUUUUCCAUUACUUACCUCUGCUCAUAUGCACUUGUAUGUAGUCCAGCUCCCAUUGGGGUAGGAAGUGACCGACGGACUUAGUCAGGAGUUGGAUUAAUGGGUUCAUUUAACGUUUGACUGGGUACUUGCAUGUAAACCAACCCAGCCAAAACCUGUCAGUUUUUGCAUUGGCAUUUGUGCUCUUUACAAGUAUCAAGUCAGGCUGGCAACUCCCUGGAGUGGAGAAGUGUCUGACCUGGAAUCCUGUGGUUGUCCUUUCCUGGGAAAAGCACUUUGGUUGGGUUUGUGUCUCUUGAGCUGAGAAUAAAGAAGUACUUUUAACUCCAUUGACUUCAGGGUAUUGCCUUUGG